AUGCUUGUUGCUCUUGCUGCACUCAUUGAUGGCUACAUAAACAACUGCCAGAGAUACAUCCAUGGCCACAGCACCAUCCAGCUCGAGUCUCUCAAUGGCACUGCCUGCAAGCAAGUCAACAAGGAUUGCAAUUGGACAGUGAUGUAUGUGCUGCUCUUUGAUGCAGGAAUCUUAGAGUGCAAUGAAGGCAAAGAGAGUGCAAUCCUUGUUGACCUCUUUAAGCACAUCAGACUGGAUGUCUCCUAUGCUGAAGAGAGACAGUGGCUCAAGGUUCUGAUGGUGUGGAAGAAGUGA